ACACAAAAUGUGAACUCCUAUGAAAAUGAGCAGUUCUGAGGAGGUGUCGUGGAUUUCCUGGUUCUGCGGCCUUCGAGGAAAUGAAUUUUUCUGUGAAGUUGAUGAGGACUACAUUCAGGAUAAAUUUAACUUGACAGGCUUAAAUGAACAAGUGCCACAUUAUCGACAAGCUCUUGACAUGAUUCUAGACCUUGAACCAGAUGAUGAAUUGGAUGACAACCCAAACCAAUCGGAUCUAAUUGAACAAGCAGCAGAAAUGUUGUAUGGUUUAAUUCAUGCACGUUACAUCCUGACAAAUCGUGGUAUAGGUCAGAUGAUAGAAAAGUAUCAGUCUGGAGAUUUUGGCCAUUGUCCAAGAGUAUACUGUGAAAGUCAACCUAUGCUACCAAUAGGGUUAUCUGAUGUUCCGGGAGAAGCAAUGGUAAAAUCCUAUUGUCCAAAGUGUAUGGAUGUGUAUACACCGAAGUCAUCACGUCAUCACCAUACAGACGGGGCAUAUUUUGGAACUGGAUUUCCUCAAAUGCUUUUCAUGGUUCAUCCAGAGUACCGGCCAAAACGACCUUCUAAUCAGUUUGUUCCAAGAUUGUAUGGGUUCAAGAUUCACCCCUUGGCUUACCAGAUUCAGCAGCAGGCAUCAUCAAAUUUCAAGGCACCACUUCGAGCUCUGAGUUACAACAAUGGAAAGCGCUGAGAGAACAAAACCAAGAGCAUUAUGUAUGUCAGUAAUUGCAGAUCAACCGCCACAUUGUUCCAAGACUUGUGAUGUGCUGUAAUCUAUUUGAAGUAGAUAUUUGCAAGUGAUAGAUCACAGGAACACAUAUGUUUAUUUUCUGAUUUGUGGGGAAAAGUAGUGAAAUAUAUGUCUUCAUUACUUAAACAUAUACCAAUAAAUCAAAAUUAAUAAGUGUAAGCCAUACUUGUUAGAAGUUUGCUAUCAAGUAUAUGUCUUUUCAUUAUUAACAAGUCAGCAUUACUUUUUCUUUUCCAAAGACAAUUUAUAACUGGUGGGCUGUCAAUCCAAGAGUUUCUAAAUAUAUUUAAGACAGUGACUUUGUUUAGUUUUGUCUACAUGUGCUUAGCGUAAGCUGAGGUAUUAUCCAGCAUUGUUCUGUAACGAAAUAGUUUUCUAGUUGUGAAGGACCUAAAUGUGUGUCACUACACAUUCAGGAUGAAUGAAGUAUGUUUAUAUUUGAAGUAUUUUAUUUCUUCUUCUAAUGUUCAUGUGAAGUUCGCAUAAAAAAGAAUCCCAGUAAAAGGACAUAGUAUAGGCAUAAUAUGUACAUGGAAUCUUCACCAACUUUGAAGUCAGGCUAGGGCACUAAUAAUGAAGGAUGAGCAAGUGUUUUUUUAUUAUGCAUUAUACAUUAAAAUUUCUUGGUUUUUAAAGGCUGCGUUUUGGUCUAAAUGCAGUCUUCUGAGAUUUUCGUCUAAACAGCAGUAUGUUAAUGAUGUUUAUGGUUACCUGUUGCCAAGGUGGCCAUUAGGCAUUCAUGUAAUACACCUUAUUUUGCUUUGCACUGUGAGAGUUCUUUAGUCAUGUGUCUUCAUAUUUUAUGUAAAUAUAUUAUUUAUAUGCAAUGUAACCUAAUGUCAGUAGAAUGAGCACAGCCCAUAAUGAUAAUUUCAUUAUAGCAAGCAAAUCAUUGGCACAGUUAAUUUCUGGUGCAUAUAUGGAAAACAUUACAUAAAACAAGGGCUUUUUCCUCAACACCAUCACAACAAGCAGUACCUAAAGUAACAGUAACUUUUUUCAUAACCUUUCCAACUGACUGUGUAGUUUUACUUCCAAAACUAUUUAUAGCUGAGUCUGUAAAUGUUCUAUUAAUCCAACCUCUGUGCAAUUCAGUAGUGUAGGAGAAGGAAGUCUAUUCCAGGGUCAGUGGAUCAUUGUGUAACCGCCCUUCCGCACACGACACGUUAUUCGAUUGUUGUAGCCACGGGAUGAUAUUCAGUGGCGUGCCCAGCGCUGGUGUGGAUACAACUUUAUAUGUUAGGUAUAUGGGAGGAAUACAAAGGUAAUUUAGGUAAACUGGUGUAGGGUUGGUCGGUGAGCAAGGAUCUCAAACUCUCAGGGAAUAUACAGGGGAGGCAGCGUUUGAAGUAGCUCUCGCAGGAGGGUGGCGAAACCUCCUUGAUGGUACGAAUUGAGAUGACAGGAAUGCUGGUAUAGAAUUGUUCACUUUACUUAUGUUAUUAAGACCCACUGAUGUAAAAUCAUUUACAAUGAUGUUGCAGCAGUGCUGUGAUUUGGCUGUUUGUACUUAAAAUCGAUGAACAAGUAAAAUGCGCCCGCUUGGCUUGAAGAUGUUGACUCGAGAGCUCCACAACAACAGAAGCACGGCUGGAAGAACCCCUGCAUCCUGUAGCUGUUAUCAGAUUUUGACUUGAAUACCGCAAUCUGAUUCUUCCCCCAUGACGUCGGAAACGUGCCAUAAAGCCAUAUUCAAAUUUAAUUCGAGUCGCACCACUGCUACUGUUCUAGGGCAACCAUAAUUUCACAUAUGGAAAAUUAAGUUUUUGCCUCUUAAACAACUUUUAGGAGUGAGAAAGCUUUGUGAAUGUCAUGUUGCUGCUAGACGGAAAGUCUGGAAGAAAGACGUUCAAGCUACUGAGUGUCGCCACACUCUUCCAAUUCAGUACAUUAAACAAAGCCAAAUUUAAUAAAAUCAAUUUUGAUUAAGUAAGGCAUAUCAAAUAUCAUCUAAUCAUGCCUCCUUCAUUUAUAUAAACCAGAUUAAUAUGCCAAAGCCUGGUUUACCUUUCAUCUCAAGGUUCAGCCCGUUCAGGAAUCAAACUACAAACCUGGACUGGCACAAUUGUUGGUUGAGGCUUAGAGUACUGCUGUUUAUGUGGGUCAGGAAGGCAUCAUAAAUGUCUUUAAGCUUUUUUCCAACCAUCAUUAAGCAGAAAUUGGAUAUCUUGUACCUUACCCCACCCCAACUUUAAUCAGUUUAGAAUUUCCCAUUAUAUGAUGUCCUCUGAACUUCCUUUUCAGUCUAGUAUAGCAUAAUCCAAAAAAAAUUUAUUUUCUGUUUUAUUCUAUCCAUUUGCAAGAUUUCUCUCGAAUGGUUCAUAUGCUGCCACUUGCUCAUACAAUUCUGACAUGACGCCAAUAACUUCACUACACAGAAUGCAUAACAGGAGCAAUAUUUCUACACCUUUUGAUGCUAUGGCAAAUUGACAGCAGUGGAGUUAGUGCCAUAUUACAGUGCUGUCAUGUCACAGGAGGAGAAAAUCUGAAAAAUGCACAUGCUUAAAUAAUGUGCUCAAGCCAGUGGCCAAACUUCAAAUGUCUAAAGCCACAAAAUAGUUGGUACUAAUGAUUCAGCCACCAAGCAGUUGUUGGCUGAUGCACCUCCUUUAACACACACUACAGCAAAGAUGUUAGAAACUAAUUGUUUUCUUGUACUUGUUUCACUGUGUAUUGUGCCACACAGCUAGUGAACAGGAGUUCAACAUUUUUCUAUAAUUGCCCUCUGUAUUAAGUAAAAAAGUAUUGAGCCCUAAUUAAGGCAACAAAAUGUAAGUGUUUAAACUUGAAUAUGAAGUGUGAUGUAAUACAUCUGUAUGUGAAGUUGGUGACAGGUCAAGGUGUGAUGGUACCAGUACAGAUUUGACUUUGAUGUUCACAGUUUAUAAAAACAAAGAUGAAAUAUAAUAUCUAUUCUUUGUAAUGGAAGACCAGUACAUUCCAAUCAUGACAUUUAGAAUAGGCCCAUAAUGUACCAUGUGUGUACUUAAGUAGAUGCUUGUUUGACUUCUUUGUGUUUUUUAUUUGUCAAGAAAGUUCAAUAAUAAUUGAUAUGUUGAUUCUCACAUGUGUACAUGUUAGAAUGUAGGUGGUUGCAUAGCAGUUGCAGUUACAACAGGACAUGUACAUAUGACAAAAUCUUUUAACUUCUCAGUUUUGAAAAUGUUGAAUUCCUGGCUAUUUUAAUAUCACUAUGACAGUCACUUAAUGGACUUGUAGAUAAUGUAUUUUAGCCAUUUUCCAAUAUUACAAGUAUCCAUUAGAAGUAGCACUUUCCCUGAAUGUUCUUGUUAUGUUGAAGUUACACUGUAUUGUAAUUUUAAAUUUCACUUAAAAAUGCAUACAAUUUUUUACAUAUGCACAUUUUAAUGUCUAAAGUAUGUUUUUGAUUGUUUAUAUUAACCAUCCUUAGAAUUACAAUUAAAAAAAUGUGAUCAGGACUGAA